AGGAUGGAGAGCGAGUCUGAAUUUUCCUCUCUCCCUUUGCUAUAAAAUCUCACACGCACACGAGCCACGGAAACAGACCUACAACCACCACAAAUCACCCGCGAAUUGGACAAACCAGGUCCCAUCCUCGCUUUUGCAAUUUCUAUCCUACAACGAGAGCGAUCACACUCGCUCGGCUCAUCGUCAUCGACCAUGGAACGACCCUCGACCACGCCGCACAUAGCCAUCGUACCAUCACCGGGCAUGGGUCAUCUCAUCCCUCUCGCCGAGUUCGCGAAGCGGCUCGUCCGCCUCCACAGCUUCGCGGUCACCUUCGUCAUCCCCAACGACGGCUCCCCGUCCAAGGCCCAGAAGUCCCUCCUCGACUCCCUCCCUCCCUCCAUCACCUACGUCUUCCUGCCGCCGGUCGGCUUCGACGACCUCCCGGCCGAGACGACCCGCAUCGAGACCAUCAUCUCCCUCACGGUGGCGCGCUCCCUCCCCUCCAUCGGAAACGAGCUGCGGAGGCUGGCCGAGUCCACGAGGCUCGUCGCCCUCGUCGCCGACCUCUUCGGCACCGACACCUUCGACGCUGCCAAGGAGUUCAACGUCGCCCCCUACAUUUUCUUCCCCACCACGGCCGUGUGCCUGUCGCUGUUCUUUCACUUGCCGACGCUGGACGAAGAGGUCUCUUGUGAGUACAGGGACCUACCCGAGCCGGUGAAGAUACCCGGUUCCAUGUCUGUCCACGGGAAGGACCUGCUCGACCCAAUACAGGACCGCCGCAACGACGCCUACAAGUGGGUUCUCCACCACGCGAGGCGGUACAGGCUGGCGGAGGGGAUCCUGAUCAAUAUCUUCGAGGAGCUCGAGCCAGGGACGGUCGAGUACCUGAAACGGGAAGAGCCCGGGAGGCCGCCGGUUUACCCGGUGGGACCGCUGGUGAACGUGGAGCAGAGCAGCAAGUCCGCCGGCUCGGAGUGUCUAAAGUGGUUGGACGAACAGCCCGACGGUUCGGUCCUGUACGUGUCGUUCGGGAGUGGCGGGACACUGUCGUUCGACCAGAUUCAAGAGCUGGCUCUGGGAUUGGAGCUGAGCGAGCAUAGGUUCUUGUGGGUGGUGAGGGCCCCCAAUGACAAAGCGGCCAACGCCACCUACUUCAGCGUGUACAGCCAAAACGAGCCGUCCGAAUUUUUGCCCAAAGGCUUUCUAGAGAGGACCGAAGGCAGGGGCUUGGUGGUGCCGUCGUGGGCGCCGCAGGCCCAGGUCCUGGCCCACCGCUCGACCGGCGGGUUCCUCACCCACUGCGGCUGGAACUCGACCCUCGAGAGCGUGGUCAACGGCGUGCCGCUCGUCACCUGGCCGCUGUACGCCGAGCAGAGGAUGAAUGCGCUCAUGCUGACCCGGGACCUCAAGGUGGCGCUGAGACCGAAGGCCGAUGCGGAGAGCGGCCUGGUGGGGAGGGACGAGAUCGCGAGGGUCGUGAAGGGCCUGAUGGAGGGCGAAGAAGGGAAGCGGAUUCGGAACCGGAUGAAGGACCUCAAGGACGCGGCGGCCAAGGUGCUCGGCGAGGACGGGUCCUCCACGAGGGCACUCUCCGAGUUGGCUCUCAAGUGGAAGGCCAAACUUGUAAAUUAGCCUCACCAGAAUCAUAUCGCAUCACAUCACAUAUAACAUAUGUUAUCCUUCUCUUCUUGUUUAUAUUCAACCUCCCUAUCUUAUCAUCUCUUGUUUAAUGUCAUCAGUGGAGCUGGUUUCUCUUUC